CCAACUUAAUCUUUUAGUCUCCAUUUUAGGGCAGCUGAUAUUUGUUUGAGUAAAAAUUUUAUGAAAAUAAUUAUAUUAUUGUCCUAAAAUGGGUGCCUCAUUCGUUCCCAUCACGGUUUUCACCGUUUUCUGGGGUGUUAUAGGAAUCGUCUGUCCAUUUUUCGCCCCUAAAGGUCCCAACAGAGGGAUAAUUCAAGUCGUAUUGAUGCUAACAGCAGCUACGUGUUGGUUAUUCUGGCUGUGCGCGUACAUGGCGCAAAUGAACCCCCUUAUUGGACCCAGAUUGAACAACGAGACUCUUAUUUGGAUUGCUCAGACUUGGGGCAAGCCUUACAAGCAAUAAGCAAUCCAGUUCAGCCAGCGUGUGUGAGAAAAGUAAUGAGUGAACAUAAAUUCUAAGCAUUUUGAUUAUUUAUCCUGAUUAUAAUACUUUAAAUAAAUAUUAAACCAACUCCAUCACGGAUGUAUAAUUACAAUGUGUCGUUUUGAAUUUAAUUUAUUAUCUGGAAUGUUUUGCACAGAUUAAAAAUAAAAUGUCAUUCCAUUUCAAACGAAUAGUAAAAAUUUAAUAUUAUUUAUAAGUUUAACUAUUCUGUAUUAUUUAAAUUAUAAAUAAAUAUAUAUACUUUGUUCCAAUAAAUCUAGUUAAAUAAA